GAUGAGGGCGGGGGAGAGAGUGGCGUGGCCGAGAGAGAGGGGAGGAGGCGUGGGAAGGAGACAAAAACAGCUUCCAAGCAGCUGCCUGCAGGCGCGGCUCCACUGGGCAUCUGGGCAGGAGGGGUCUCUGGAUCAGUGGCUGGGGAGCCGCCCAGGUUGAUUUGGUUUCUAGCUAGCAAUUCAAUGGGGCCGGUUUACUGCUGAGCCAUCCUGGCCCGAAGGGGCAGCAGCUAGUGAGGACAGACGCCAGGCUAGCAACACCUCCUAAGCAACCAGAGCUGAGGAGACCAGAGAUUGGUGAAGACACAAACCCAAGAGAAGGAAAGGCCUCCAGGGAACCUUGCUUCACAGGGUUCCCACGGGGUGCUGGUGGAGACCUGUCCCUGGGUUGCAAGUACAAAAUUGGAAAUGUUGGAUUCUACGGAACCAAAGGGCCUUGUCCCUUUCACUGAAGAAUCUCUUAAACUUAUAAAACAGCAUAUUGCUAAAAAACACAAUGAGGAACAUGAAGAAGAUGAUUUAAAGCCGGACUCUGCCUUGGAAGUUGGCAAAAAGCUUCCAUUUAUUUAUGGAGAACUUUCUCGAGGAAUGGUGUCAGAGCCCUUGGAAGAUGUGGACUCAUACUACUACGUGAAAAAAAAUACUUUCAUGGUGUUAAAUAAAAAGAGAACAAUCUUUAGGUUCAAUGCUGCUUCCAUCUUGUGCACAUUGUCUCCUUUCAGUCCCAUCAGAGGAACAACUAUCAAGGUUUUGGUGCAUCCCUUUUUCCGACUGUUAAUUUUAAUUAGCGUCCUCACUGAUUGCAUAUUUAUGACUAUGACUAAUUGGUCAAUAUGGAUAACAGCAAUUGAGAAUACUUUACUUGGAAUUUACACAUUUGAAAUACUUGUCAAAAUCAUUGCAAGAGGCUUCUGGGCAGGAUCUUUUUCUUUCCUUGCGGAUCCAUGGAACUGGCUUGAUUUCGGUGUAACCUUAUUUGAGAUUAUAACAAGAUAUUCACCUCUAAACUUCGUUCUAAAUCUUAAAACUGUAAGAACUUUGAGAAUUUUGAAAAUUAUUCCUUUAAACCAAGGACUGAAGUCCCUUGUAGAGACCCUGAUCCAGUGCUUGAAGAAACUUUUUGGUGCCAUUAUCUUAACUCUGUUUUUUCUGAGCGUAUUUUCUCUAAUUGGAAUGGGACUCUUCAUGGGCAACCUAAAGCAUAAAUGCUUGCGAUGGCCCCAAGAAGAUGAAAAUGAAACCCUGCACAACCGAACUGGAAACCCAUAUUACAUUCGAGAAACAGAAAACUUUUACUACUUGGAAGGGGAACGCUAUGCUCUCCUUUGUGGCAACACAACAGAUGCUGGUCAGUGUCCUGAAGGAUAUGUGUGUGUAAAAGCUGGCUUAAAUCCUGAUCUUGGCUACACAAAUUUUGACAACUUUGGGUGGGCUUUACUUGCCCUAUUUCGAUUAAUGACUCAGGAUUACCCUGAAGCACUUUAUCACCAGAUUCUUUAUGCUUCUGGGAAGAUCUACAUGAUAUUUUUUGUUGUGGUCAGCUUUUGGUUUGCCUUUUAUUUGGCAAGUUUGUUCUUGGGCAUACUUGCCAUGGCCUAUGAAGAAGGAAAACAUGCAACUGAUGAAAAAUCUAAGAAGGAACCAACAUUUCAACAGCCUAUAAGCAAACUUCAAGAAGGAAGCGAAGAAGCUGAGAGUAAAACCACACAAAUAGAAAUGAAGAAAAGAUCACCAGCUUCCAUGAACACAUCUUUGGAUGUAUUGGAAGAAGAUACCCUCAGACAUAAAGAAGAACUUAAAAAAUCCAGGAAGAAGUGCCCAUUGUGUUGGUAUAGGUUUUCCAAAUUUUUUUUGAUCUGGAAUUGUUCUCCCUGUUGGUUAAAAUUGAAAGAAUUUGUCCAUAGGCUCAUAACAGACCCAUUUACUGAUCUUUUUCUUCUCAUAUGCAUAAUAUUAAACAUAUAUUUUUUGGCCUGGGAACACUAUCCAAUGAGUGAUGACCACAGCUAUCUGCUAAGCAUUGGCAACUUGGUUUUCCUUGGAAUUUUUACAGCAGAAAUGAUUUUUAAAAUAAUUGCCAUGAAUCCAUAUUGGUAUUUCCAAGUAGGCUGGAACAUUUUUGAUAGUUUAAUUGUGUUACAAGGUUUAGCAGAACUUUAUCUAGCAAAUAUUGAAGGAUUGGCCCUUUGUCAAUCAUUCAGGAUGUUGCGUGUUUUCAAGUUGGGGAAAUAUUGGCCAACAUUUGAAAUAUUGAUGCUGACUCUUGGAAACUCACUGUCGGCCCUGAAAGACUUGAUUCUGCUGUUGUUCACGUUCAUAUUCUUUUCUGCUGUGUUUGGCAUGAAGUUGUUUGGUUGGAGUUACAAAGCAUGUGUCUGCCGCAUAGAUGAAAACUGUCAACUCCCACGCUGGCAUAUGCAUGACUUCUUUCAUUCCUGCCUUAAUGUGUUCCGAAUUCUCUGUGGAGAGUGGAUAGAAACCUUGUGGGACUGCAUGGAGGUAGCAGGACAACCCUGGUGCAUCUCUUUUUACAUGAUGGUCAUUUUAAUUGGAAACUUACUGGUACUUUACCUCUUUCUGGCACUGGUGAGUUCAUUUAGUUCUUACAAAGACUCAACAAGUGAAGAGAACAAUGAAGUAAAAAAUAUACAGCUUGCAAUGGCAAGGAUUAAGAAAGGAGUAAACUAUGUGCUUCAUAAAAUAUUGUGCAAAAAGCAGAAUGUUCCACAGGAAACAACGGACCAUGUAAAUGAUACAUAUGUUAAAGAGAACAUUUCUGACCAUACUCUUUCUGAAUUCAGCAACACUCAAGUUUUCCUCAAAGAUAAAGAAAAGAGCAGUGGCACAGAGAAAAACACAAUGACUGACAAUGAAAGCCAGUCACUUAUCCCCAGCCCCAGUGUCUCAGAAACUGUACCAAUUGCUUCCGGAGAAUCUGACGUGGAAAAUCUGGAUAACAAGGAGAUUCAGAGCAAGUCAGGCAAUGGAGACAGCAGAGAUAAAAUAAAGCAAUCUAGCUCAUCUGAAUGCAGUACCGUUGAUAUUGCUAUCUCUGAAGAAGAAGAAAUGGUAUAUGAAUGUGAAAAGGCAAAGUAUCUUAAAAAUGGUUUUGAACAAAGAUCUUCACCUGGUCAAAUCAGUAGAGUAUCCAAGAAAGCAAAAAUUUGGCAGAACAUAAGGAAAACCUGCUGCAAGAUAGUAGAAAACAGUUGGUUUAGGUGUUUCAUUGGCCUCGUGACUCUGCUCAGCACAGGUGCCCUGGCUUUUGAAGAUAUAUAUAUAGAUCAACGAAAGACUAUUAAAAUCUUAUUGGAGUAUGCUGACAUGAUCUUCACUUACAUCUUCAUUCUUGAAAUGCUUCUAAAGUGGAUGGCGUAUGGUUUCAAAGCCUAUUUUUCCAAUGGCUGGUACAAGCUGGACUUCAUGGUUGUCAUUGUGUUUUGUCUUAGCUUAUUAGGCAAAACUCGGGAAGAUUUAAAACCACUUACUUCCAUUAAGUUCCUUCGGGCACUCAGAGUUCUAUCUCAAUUUGAAAGAAUGAAGGUGGUUGUGAGAGGUUUGAUAAAAACAAUUUUACCCACUCUGAACGUGUUUCUGGUCUGCCUUAUGAUCUGGCUGAUAUUUAGUAUCAUGGGAGUACACUUAUUUUCUGGCACAUUCUAUGAAUGCAUUGACCCAACAAGUGAGGAAAGAUUUCCUGUAUCUGAAGUCGUGAAUCGGAGUCAGUGUGAAAACCUUGUGUUGAAUGAAUCCAUGCCAUGGGAGAAUGCAAAACUGAAUUUUGAUAAUGUUGGAAAUGGUUUCCUCUCUUUGCUUCAAGUAGCAACAUUUAAUGGAUGGAUCACUAUUAUGAAUUCAGCAAUUGAUUCUGUUGGUGUUAACAUGCAGCCUGAUUUUGAGUACAACCUCUACAUCUAUUAUUACUUUAUCAGCUUCAUUAUCCUUGGAUUAUUUCUUCCUCUGAGUAUGCUGAUCAGUGUUAUUAUUACUAAUUUCAACAAGCAUAAAAUAAAGCAAGGAGGCUCAAAUAUCUUUAUAACAGUAAAACAGAGGAAACAGUACCGUAAACUGAAGAGGCUGAUGUAUGAAGACUCCCCUAGACCACUACCUCGCCCAAGAAAUAAGUUCCAAGGCUUUGUCUUUGACUUGGUAACAAAUCAAGUUUUUAAUAUCAUCAUCAUGGUUCUUAUCCAUGUUCAAGCAGUAACCAUUAUGAUCCAAAGUGAUGAACAGAGUCAACAAAUGGAUAUUGCUGUCUACUGGAUCAAUGCAAUUUUUGUUAUAUUGUAUACUCUAGAAUGUAUACUGAAGCUCAUCUCUUUCCAUUGUUACUAUUUCACAAUCAUAUGGAACGUUUUCGAUUUUGUGGUGGUAAUCUUCUCCAUUACAGGGCUGUUUCUGCCUAUGACAAUAGGAUACUACCUUGUGCCUCCUUCACUUGUACAACUGAUCCUUCUCUCUCGGAUCAUCCACGUCCUGCGUCUUGGGAAAGGACCAAGGGUGUUCCAUAAUCUGAUGCUUCCUUUGAUGCUGUCCCUCCCAGCAUUGUUGAACAUUGGUCUUUUCAUCUUCCUGGUCAUGUUCAUCUAUGCGAUCUUUGGAAUGUACAAUUUUGCUUAUGUGAAAAAAGAAGCUGGAAUUAAUGAUGUGUCCAACUUUGAAACCUUUGGCAGCAGUAUGCUCUGUCUUUUUCAAGUUACAAUAUUUGCUGGUUGGGAUGGUAUGCUCAAUGCAAUUUUCAACAGUAAAUGGUCUGACUGUGAUCCUGAUAAAAUUAACCCUGGGACUCAGGUUAGAGGAGAUUGUGGUAACCCUUCUGUGGGGAUUUUCUAUUUUGUCAGUUAUAUCCUCAUAUCAUGGUUGGUCAUUGUUAAUAUGUAUAUUGUUGUGGUUAUGGAGUUUUUAAGUAUUGUUUCUAAGAAAAAAUCCAGGACCUUGAGUGAAGAUGAUUUUAGGAAAUUUUUUCAGGUAUGGAAAAGGUUUGACCCUGAUAGGACACAGUACAUAGACUCUAGUCAACUUUCAGACUUUGCAGCUGCUCUUGAUCCUCCUCUUUUCAUGGCAAAACCAAACAAGGGCCAGCUCAUUGCUAUGGAUCUUCCCAUGGCUGUUGGAGACAGAAUCCACUGCCUUGACAUCUUACUUGCUUUUACUAAAAGAGUUAUGGGAAAAGAUGCAAGGGUGGAAAAACUCCUCUCUGAGGUAGAAUCAGGGUUUGUAUUAGCCAACCCUUUUAAAAUCACAUAUGAACCAAUUACAACUACUCUAAAACGAAAACAAGAGGCAGUUUCAGCCACCAUUAUUCAGCGUGCUUAUAAAAGUUACCGCUUGAGGCAAAAUGACAAAAAUACUUCAGAUAUUCAUAUAAUAGAUGGUGACAGAGAUGUUCAAGCUACAAAAGAAGGUGUCUAUUUUGACAAAGCUAAGGAAAAAUCAACUAUUCAAAGCCAGAUCUAAUCCCUACUUAUCACCUCUUUACUUUCUUCAUAUAUCCCCCAAAUGCUAAAAGCUUAAGAAAUUAAAACAAUGAUCAGAGAGAGUGAAGCUAUCAAUUGUUUACACCUGGUAUGUGUUAAGCUUCUGUUCACAAGUCUUCAUGCCAAACUCACUUUUCACCUCUGUUCAGUCUAACCAAUCUAUCAAGAAAGACAGUCCUUAAAUAUUGCUGCAGUUAAAGUAAGUGACCUUUUGACAAUCCAGUGUUUUGCCUGCAUGGCUCAUUAGAUGUAGUGCCCACGAUAGAGGACGGAUGCAGGUGGUGGUAAAGAUUACCAGCCAAAUAGGUGUCCUUAUGUAUUUUACAUCUGCUUUAAUGGGCUUCUAGUUGCCACUACUAUGACUUAAUUACAGGUAAAGAAGGGCUCUCUUAAUAUAAGCUUUCUUUUUUAUUUGAUAAGUUAGAUUGGCAAUUUUUAUGGUAUCACAAAAAAAUAACCUUACACAAAACUAGUGAAAUCCUACAGAGCAUUAUAUCAUCAACUUGCUUAAACCAAUGCCAGUUGGAUCAAGGGAGGGUGCAGUUGUUUAUUAGGAAGUGCCUUUGAGAUCAAUCCCAGAGACUCUCAAGCUGAUUAGAACCAUUUUUUUGUGAAAGAUUGGUUGAAGCCCCCCUACCUUCUGUUUUUGUUUGUUCUUUUUUUUUCUUUUCUUUAUUUCUUCCCACCUCUUCCCUCCACCCCACUGGUAAUGGGAAUUAAUUAAUGGGAAUUAUUGUUCUUGGUUCCUGGUUUCUUAUCUUUUCCUCUAGUUCUAUCUAAGCUCCAGUUCUUCAGCAGGAUGAAUUCAUAAACAGAAAAACAUCCAUCCAUGAAACUGCCAUUAUGGCCUACAUUUUCCUCUCACUUCUUUUAGAGUAUACAUUUACUAAAAUGAUACCAUAAAUAAUACAUUAGUGGACCCAACUCUAUCUUAUUAUAAAUCUAAUUUUUUCCCAUUUAUCCUAGUGUAACAUUAAGUAUGUAUAACUUGGCAAAUGCAUGUUAUAAUAUCGAUUAGAAGAGCUGAAACCUACCAGUAUGUGUAGUGAUUUUCACAGUGUCUUGAUCUUCCUUGGAAAACUAGCCACUCCAAAGUGCUUUUCACUUUACAUAGGUCCUCAUAGCUUAAAGAAAGGAAAUGAGCAUUCGAACUCUGGGGGCUGUGAAUUGGGAGAUGAGAAUGGAAGUCAUCCUUUGAUAGCAUUAGUAUAUGCAGAUUAAGUUUCACUUACUUAUUUCUUUCUAAGCGUUUUAAUUUCAUCAUAUACAAAAGUAAUUUAUAAAUUGUUUAUAUUUCAGAAACUUUAAAAUUUGAAAUGUUAGUUUUCACCACUGAAAUUAUUCUUAAAGUUAGAAAGAUUUGUUUUGGGAGUUAUUCAUAAAAAAGUAGUCAUUUAUAUCCAUGUAGUUCAAGAAUCUGGUACUUACUCCAUUUGUAUGAAAACUAAUUUCAAUGUGCCUACAAAGUCCUAAAGGAUUCAAAAGAAAAACCUGCAUACUGUUGACUUAAAUAACAAGCUUUAAAAAGAUA